CCCGCUGCUCGCAAUGUGGGAAUAAUUCAGAAGCGUCUCCCGUCAAAUUUCCCACCAUCGAGCUCCCAGAUUCUCGAAUGGAUGAAUUGCUCAAGUCGAACAAUCCCCCACUUCCCGCCGAGCGUAUUCAGCUGAAGGGCGUUAUAGGUGAAGGCCAUGGUUUUUUAGCCGGACUACGGGAACGGAGAACCCAGACAGGGGCUGCGCUUGAGGCGCUUUUGGAUGAGGAGAGACGCGUCGAGCGCCUGAUUGAGUCCUGCAAGACAAUCCUUUGCCCCAUCCGUACGAUCUCAGACAACAUCGUACACAAAAUCUUCUUCAUAUACCACUUCGAGGCUGUAGUUGUAAGAGAAGAGGAGUCAUUGAAUGGGCAGUUCGUGCCGUUGGUUCUUUCCCAGGUCUGCAGGGAUUGGAGGGCGACCGCGCUGUCGACAUCGCAGCUUUGGUCGUUCAUUAGGCUGGAUUUCGACGUAUACCGGAACGAGGAGGCG